UCAUUUUAUCUUCGUUGUGAGUUAUGACUUAUGAGUCAGUCAAUAAAAAUUAUUGUGAAUUGCCGUUAUUAAAAUUACAUUGGUGAACUUAACUUAAAUUUUUAUAUUUCUCUGUCUUAAACAGAGGAAUACGACUAUAAACUGCUCUUGUUGUGAAAAAACAAUACAAUGGGAGAUUCUCUAGAAGCUAAUGAAUCAGCACCUGAUGGAGAAAAUAUAGCUUUGGUAGAUUUUACCACAUUUAAGAACUAUAUCAUAAAAGCAGCUUCUGUUCUACUUCCUGAAGAUGAUGGACAAGCUCAAUCUAUAAACUUGGUAGCAGCACUCGAAGAUAAGAUUAACCAGGAAUAUAUCAGAAAGUUCAUAGGAGAUCCUGGUGUGUCUACGCUGUAUGUCCAAAGAAACUCUUCCAGAGACGAUGAUAAUGAUCAACCACCUGAAGGGGAAGAAGAAAAGGAACCAGUUACUUACUUCAUCAAUAAUGUAGUUUAUUACACAAAUUCUAAGAUGUCCAGUCUGGUUAUUAUCAAACGAGGAAGUAUUAUAGAAGCUGAUAAGAGUAUCAAAUCACAAGUACGAAUAAUAAAUUUCAGUGAUGGAUCCCCAUAUGAAAUUUUACACUCUUAUAUCAGCAAAACUGUGGCUCCUUUCUUCAAAUCAUAUGUGAAGGAAUCGGGAAGAGCUGAUAGAGAUGGAGACAAAAUGGCACCCUCUGUAGAAAAAACAAUUGCUGAAUUAGAAAUGGGGCUUCUUCACUUGCAACAAAAUAUUGAUAUACCAGAAAUUUCUCUGCAAGUUCACCCCUAUGUUGCCCAAGUUAUAAAACAAUGUGCAGAUGAAGGAAGAAAGCCAAAAGUUGCUGAUUUUGGAGAAUUAUUCGAAGAUUCAAACAUUUUGAAUCAACUACAAACAGGAGUGAAUCGAUGGAUUAAAGAAAUACAAAAGGUAACAAAAUUAGAGAGGGACCCUUCAUCUGGAACUGCUUUACAAGAAAUCAGUUUCUGGUUGAAUUUGGAACGGGCAUUACAUAGAAUUCAAGAAAAGAGAGAAAGUAUGGAAGUAACCCUAACUCUAGACAUUUUGAAACAUGGAAAACGUUUUCAUGCAACUGUCUCAUUUGACACAGAUACAGGUCUCAAACAAGCCAUUGUUACUGUUAAUGAUUAUAAUCCUUUAAUGAAAGAUUUUCCAAUUAACGACUUAUUAUCAGCAACAGAAUUGGAGCAGAUAAGAUCAGCAGUUCAACUAAUUUUUUCACACCUGAAAAAAAUAAGAUCUACUAAAUAUCCAAUAUUUAGAUGUUUACGUUUGGUUGAGGCUAUUUCAAGAGAUUUGGGCCAACAGCUUUUAAAAGUCCUUGGUACAAGGAGAUUGAUGCACAUUACAUUUGAAGAUUUUGAGAAGGUAAUGACUCAAUGCUUCGAAGUCUUUUCAAUCUGGGAAGAUGAGUAUGAGAAAUUGCAGGCCCUCCUGAGGGAUAUCGUUAAAAAGAAACGUGAUGAGCAAUUGAAAAUGGUUUGGCGCAUCUCUGCACAGCACAAAAAAUUACAAACAAGAAUGGAACAUAUGAGAAAAUUUCGAAGACAACAUGAACAGUUGAGAACUGUUAUUGUUAGAGUUCUGAGACCAAAUAUUCACAAAAUAUCAAACGAAAAUGAGGAUGCCGAUAGUAAUAAGGUGCAAUUGACACUUGAUGCAGCAGAUGCAAAUGCAAUUGAAGAAGUAAAUUUGGCUUAUGAAAAUGUAAAAGAAGUUGAUUGCUUAGAUAUUUCUAAAGAAGGUCAAGAUGCUUGGGAUGCUGCUGUUCUGAGAUAUGAAGAAAGGAUUGAUCGGGUUGAGACACGCAUUACAGCUCAUCUACGUGAUCAGUUAGGAACAGCUAAGAACGCCAAUGAAAUGUUCCGUAUUUUUUCAAGAUUUAACGCUCUUUUUGUGAGACCCCAUAUCAGGGGAGCAAUUAGAGAAUAUCAAACUCAUCUUAUUCAGAGGGUCAAGGACGAUAUAGAAGCUUUACAUGAGAAAUUCAAGGUGCAAUACCCUCAAAGUAAUAGUGCCAAAAUCAGUAAAGUUCGUGACCUGCCUCCAAUAGCUGGAUCUAUAAUAUGGGCGAAACAGAUAGAUUAUCAGUUGACUACUUACCUCAGAAGGGUUGAAGAUGUUUUAGGAAAAGGUUGGGAAAACCACAUUGAAGGUCAAAAAUUAAAGGCAGAUGGUGAUAGUUUUCGCAUCAAAUUGAAUACUCAAGAAAUAUUUGAUGAUUGGGCAAGAAAUGUUCAACAUAGGAAUUUGGGAGUUUCUGGAAGAAUAUUUACCACUGAAGCAGUCAGAUCCAGAAGUGGUAGAGGAAAUGUUCUCAAAUUAAAAGUUAAUUUUUUACCGGAAAUAAUAACCCUCGCUAAAGAAGUGAGGAAUCUAAAAUGUUUGGGAUUCCGUGUUCCACUAGCAAUUGUGAACAAAGCACAUCAAGCUAAUCAAUUAUAUCCAUUUGCUAUAUCAUUGAUUGAAAGCGUACGCACUUAUGAGAUGACCCUGGAAAAGAUCGAAGAUAAAGCAAGUAUAGUUCCUCUGGUAGCUGGAAUGAGAAAAGACGUCCAAAAUGUAAUUUCAGAAGGAAUUCAGCUUGUAUGGGAAAGUUAUAAACUUGAUUCUUAUGUUCAACGACUGUCAGACCUUGUCGUCAGUUUCCAAGAGAGAGUGGAAGAACUCGUUAUUGUAGGAGAACAAUUAGAAGUUGAUGUACGAUCUUUGGAGACCUGUCCAUAUUCUGCUGCUACCUUUUCAGAUAUUCUCACAAAAAUUCAACAUGCUGUUGAUGAUCUGUCAUUGAAACAAUAUUCAAAUUUACAUAUUUGGGUGAACAAGUUAGAUGAAGAGGUGGAGAAAAAUUUGGCAAGACGUCUGCAGGCUGGAAUUGAAGCCUGGACUGAAGCUUUGAGUGGAAAAAAAAAAGAAAUAGAUCUCAGUAUGGAUACUGAUGCUCCGGACAAACCCACUCACAAACCUGGAGGGGAUCCGCAAAUUCAAAUAGUAGUUCAUGAAGUCAGAAUAACUAAUCAAACAAUGUACCUAUAUCCUAGUAUUGAGGAAGCUAGAUUCCAGAUUAUGCAGCAGUUAUUCGCUUGGCAGGCUAUUGUUACAUCCCAACAAAGAUUACAAAGCAGUAGAUAUCAAGUUGGUAUUGAUAAACCUAGUACUCAAACUUACAGAAAUAUCCUUACCAAGUUGCCACUUCUCUCUGCGCCUUUAGAAAAUGCUUACACAGCUAUUGAAGCUAAAAUAUCAGAAAUUAGAAAUUAUGUUAAUGAGUGGUUAACUUACCAAACAUUGUGGGAUCUUCAAGCAGAAAAGUUAUAUGGAAGUCUUGGGGAUGACAUUAGUUUAUGGAUGGAAUGUCUAAAUGAUAUAAAGAAGACGAGAACUACUUUCGAUACUUCCGAUACCAGAAGAGAAUUUGGUCCUGUUGUGAUUGACUUUGCCAAAGUUCAAAGCAAAGUUUCCCUUAAAUAUGAUUCUUGGCACAAAGACACCCUGGGUAAAUUUGGAGCUCUUUUGGGAAAUGCUAUGGCAUCAUUUCAUAAUAACAUAUCCAAAUCUAGAAAUGAACUGGAGCUUCAAAGCAUAGAAGCUGCUAGUACUUCAGAUGCUGUAACUUUCAUUACUUAUGUGCAGCAAUUGAAAAGGAAUAUGAAGGCAUGGGAAAAAGAAGUAGAAAUAUAUAGAGAAGGUCAAAGAAUUUUGGAACGUCAAAGAUUCCAAUUCCCAACUAGUUGGUUGCACGUAGAGAAUUUAGAAGGUGAAUGGGGAGCUUUCAAUGAAAUUAUCAAACGGAAAGAUUCUUCCAUACAAACCCAAGUUGCCAGCUUGCAGAAAAAAAUUGUUGCAGAGGACAAAGCUGUUGAAACUCGCACCAGUGAUUUUUUAUCUGACUGGGAAAAAUGCAAACCAGUAGAAGGUCAUCUUAAACCUGAUGAAGCUUUGACGCAAUUGCAGUUAUUUGAGAAUAAGUAUGCAAGAUUAAAAGAGGAAAGGGACAAUGUCGUUAAAGCUAAAGAAGCCCUUGAACUUCAAGAAUUAGGUGGUGUUAGCAUUAGUGAAGAUAAAAUGCAAGUAGUCUUUGAAGAAUUACAUGAUUUAAGAGGGGUAUGGUCUGAACUAUCGAAAAUUUGGACACAGAUAGAUGAAAUAAGAGAAAAGCCUUGGUUAUCUGUCCAACCAAGAAAGUUGCGUCAACAAUUGGAUACAAUGUCUACACAAUUAAAAGAAUUGCCAGCAAGAUUGAGACAAUAUGCUUCCUACGAAUAUGUGAAGAAGACUCUUCAGACUUAUACCAAAGUGAAUAUGAUGAUCACAGAAUUAAAAUCUGAUGCUUUAAAAGAAAGGCAUUGGAAGCAAUUAAUGAAACAAUUACGUGUGAACUGGAUCUUAUCAGAUUUGACUCUGGCUCAGGUUUGGGAUGUGAACUUGUUGAAAAAUGAGAAUAUUGUGAAAGACGUAAUCUUGAUUGCUCAAGGGGAGAUGGCGUUGGAAGAAUUUUUGAAACAAGUCCGAGAAUCUUGGCAAACAUAUGAAUUGGAUUUGAUAAACUAUCAAAAUAAAUGCAAGUUGAUCAGAGGAUGGGAUGAUCUUUUCAAUAAAGUAAAAGAACACAUUAAUUCAGUUGCUGCUAUGAAACUGUCACCAUAUUACAAGGUAUUUGAGGAAGAAGCUUUAACGUGGGAGGAAAAAUUGAACAGAAUUAAUGCCUUGUUUGACGUAUGGAUUGAUGUGCAACGUCGUUGGGUAUACUUGGAAGGUAUUUUCUCCGGAAGUGCCGAUAUUAAGACACUUCUUCCCGUAGAAACAUCAAGAUUUCAGAGUAUAAGUUCUGAAUUCUUAGGCUUAAUGAAGAAAGUUGGUAAAUCUCCAAUGGUUAUGGAUGUUCUCAACAUACCAGGAGUACAAAGAGCUCUGGAACGUCUUGCAGAUUUACUUGGAAAAAUUCAGAAAGCUCUUGGUGAAUAUCUUGAGAGAGAACGCACAUCAUUUCCACGAUUUUAUUUUGUUGGUGAUGAAGAUUUAUUGGAAAUCAUCGGUAACAGUAAAAACAUUGCCAGACUACAGAAGCACUUCAAAAAGAUGUUUGCUGGAGUCGCUUCCAUCAUAUUGAAUGAAGAUAACACUAUUAUUAGAGGAAUUGCUUCUAGAGAAGGUGAAGAGGUGUUAUUCUGCAAUUCUGUUUCUACUAAAGAUUAUCCGAAAAUUAAUGAAUGGUUAACUCUAGUGGAAAAGGAAAUGAGAUUUACGUUGGCUUCAAGUUUAGCAAAUGCUGUUCAAGAUAUCAAGCAAUUCAAAGAUGGAAUUGAUCCUAAUCUAUACAUGGAAUGGGUGGACAAGUAUGAAGCUCAAAUUGUUGUUUUAGCAGCUCAAAUUCUUUGGAGUGAAGAUGUCGAAAGUGCUUUGGUUAAAAUGAAUAGCGAAAAACAGAAGGAACCACUAGAAAAAGUUCUCCAACAAGUAGAAAACACUUUAAAUGUUUUGGCUGACUCAGUUCUUCAAGAACAGCCUGCAUUAAGAAGGAAAAAGUUGGAACAUUUAAUCAACGAGUUUGUUCAUAAAAGAACAGUGAGUCGACGUCUUAUUGCUAAUGGAGUAUGUAGCAAUAAGGCUUUUGAAUGGUUAUGUGAAAUGAGGUUCUAUUUUGACCCCAGGCAGAAAGAAGUGUUGAAGCAAUUAACAAUUCAUAUGGCUAAUGCCAAAUUUCACUAUGGAUUUGAAUAUCUGGGCGUUCAAGACAGAUUGGUUCAAACUCCACUGACUGAUCGAUGCUAUCUGACUAUGACUCAAGCCUUAGAAGCCAGACUUGGUGGAUCUCCUUUUGGUCCUGCUGGUACGGGUAAAACAGAAUCGGUAAAGGCCCUUGGAAAUCAACUUGGUCGAUUUGUCCUUGUAUUCAAUUGUGAUGAAACCUUUGAUUUUCAAGCUAUGGGAAGAAUAUUCGUAGGUCUUUGCCAGGUGGGAGCUUGGGGAUGUUUUGAUGAGUUCAACAGAUUGGAAGAAAGAAUGUUAUCAGCGGUUUCUCAACAAAUACAAACAAUUCAAGAAGCACUCAAAUCACAAAUGGAGAAAGAGAGUUCUAAAGCGGGUUCUACAUUAUUAUCAAGUAUAAAUGUGGAAUUAGUUGGAAAACAAGUCAGAGUGUCUCCAGAUAUGGCAAUAUUUAUAACAAUGAAUCCAGGAUAUGCCGGAAGGUCUAACCUUCCAGAUAAUUUGAAGAAAUUAUUCAGGUCCUUGGCUAUGACAACUCCAGAUAGGCAACUCAUAGCUGAGGUUAUGUUAUUCUCGCAAGGCUUCAGGUCUGCUGAAAAACUUGCAUGUAAAAUCGUUCCAUUUUUCAAGUUAUGCAAUGAGCAACUUUCAAAUCAGUCUCAUUAUGAUUUUGGUCUUCGUGCACUUAAAUCUGUACUUAUUUCUGCGGGUAAUGUGAAGAGAGAUAGAAUUCAGCGUAUUAAGGAGGAAAAAGCUCAACAAGGCGAAAAAAAUAUAGAUGAGGCAAGUAUUGCCGAAAAUCUACCUGAACAAGAAAUUCUGAUUCAAUCAGUAUGUGAAACUAUGGUGCCCAAAUUGGUAGCAGAAGACAUUCCAUUACUGUUUAGUCUUCUAAAUGAUGUUUUCCCCAAUGUUUCAUACACAAGAGCUGAAAUGAAGGGUCUCAAAGAUGAAAUCAAGAGAGUUUGUCAAGAGGAGUUUCUGGUUUGUGGAGAAGGUGACGAGCAGGGCUCCUUGUGGAUGGAUAAGGUCUUGCAAUUAUAUCAGAUUUCAAACCUUAAUCACGGUUUGAUGAUGGUUGGUCCAAGUGGAUCAGGCAAAAGCAGUGCUUGGAGAGUGCUGCUUAUAGCUCUGGAAAGAUUCGAGGGUAUAGAAGGAGUGGCUCAUGUUAUAGAUCCUAAAGCUAUCAGCAAAGAAGCUCUAUAUGGUGUUCUAGAUCCAAACACAAGAGAAUGGACUGACGGUCUUUUCACCCAUAUUUUGAGAAAAAUAAUAGACAAUGUGAGAGGAGAAAUAAAUAAACGUCAAUGGAUUAUUUUUGAUGGAGAUGUGGACCCAGAAUGGGUUGAAAAUCUGAACUCUGUUCUAGAUGAUAACAAGUUAUUAACAUUACCAAAUGGUGAACGUUUAUCUCUGCCGCCCAACGUUAGGAUUAUGUUUGAAGUACAAGAUUUGAAAUAUGCUACCCUGGCAACUGUAUCACGUUGUGGUAUGGUUUGGUUCUCUGAAGAUGUUUUAUCAACUGAGAUGAUUUUCGAAAAUUAUAUACUUAGACUCAAACAUAUUCCUCUUGAAGAAGGAGAGGAUGAUAGUUUUGGAAAAACAACAGAAAAUAAGGACGACUUGCUUUCGCCUACUAUCCAGGUACAAAUAGAUGUUGCAAACAUUUUACAACACUACUUAGGACCAGAUGGUCUUGUUGUUAAAUGUCUUGAAUUUGCCAAUACACAAGAACAUAUCAUGGACUUCACAAGAUUAAGAGCCCUGAGUUCAUUAUUUUCCAUGCUGAAUCAGUGUGUCAGGAAUGUGUUGCAGUUUAACCAUCAUCAUUCAGAAUUUCCAAUGUCUAAUGAUCAAGCUGAAAAAUAUAUUACAAAAUGUUUGAUAUACUCCAUUUUAUGGAGCUUUGCAGGAGAUGCCAAAUUGAAAAUUCGUUCAGAUCUUGGAGAUUUCAUUAGGUCUGUUACAACCAUACCUCUACCAGCUUCCACAAAUAACAUUAUUGAUAAUGAAGUAAAUAUAGAUGGGGAAUGGGUCCAAUGGUCCAAUAAAGUACCACAAAUUGAAGUAGAAACUCACAAGGUAGCCUCCCCUGAUGUGGUAGUACCAACUUUGGAUACUGUAAGACAUGAAUCAUUGCUCUAUACAUGGUUGGCGGAACAUAAACCAUUAGUAUUAUGUGGUCCACCUGGUUCUGGUAAGACAAUGACUCUUUUCUCUGCUUUGAGGGCUUUACCAGAUAUGGAUGUUGUUGGACUUAAUUUCUCUUCAGCUACCACUCCAGAAUUAUUGUUGAAAACUUUUGACCACUAUUGUGAAUAUCGUAAAACACCUAAUGGAGUAAUUCUAUCUCCAGUUCAGCUUGGAAAAUGGUUAGUUCUUUUCUGCGAUGAAAUAAAUUUACCAGAUAUGGAUGAAUAUGGAACUCAGAGAGUUAUAAUGUUUUUGAGACAAAUUGUUGAACAAAAAGGUUUCUAUAGAGCUUCUGACCAAACCUGGGUGUCUUUAGAACGGAUUCAGUUUGUUGGCGCUUGUAAUCCACCUACAGAUCCAGGAAGAAAACCGCUUUCACACAGAUUUUUGCGUCAUGUGCCAGUGAUAUAUGUAGACUAUCCAGGAGAAACAUCGCUCAAACAAAUUUACGGCACUUUCACUAGAGCCAUGCUUCGAUUAACACCAGGCCUAAAAGGCUAUGCAGAACCAUUAACUAAUGCUAUGGUUGAAUUUUAUUUGGUCUCUCAGGAUAGGUUCACUCAAGAUAUGCAACCUCAUUAUGUUUACUCUCCAAGAGAAAUGACAAGAUGGGUUAGAGGAAUUUGCGAGGCUAUAAGGCCACUGGAUAACUUAUCAGUUGAAGGUUUAGUAAGAUUAUGGGCUCAUGAAGCUUUACGUCUUUUCCAAGAUCGAUUAGUGGAUGAUAAUGAAAGAAGAUGGACAAAUGAAAAUAUUAAUGUAGUAGCAUUAAAACAUUUCCCUUCAGCUAAUUGUGAAACAGCUUUAGAAAGACCAAUUCUAUACAGCAACUGGUUAUCUAAAGACUAUAUUCCAGUUGACAGAGAAGAGUUGAGAGAAUAUGUUAAGGCCAGAUUGAAGGUAUUUUAUGAAGAACAAUUAGAUGUUCCUUUAGUCCUAUUUGAUGAAGUUUUGGAUCAUGUUUUGAGGAUCGAUAGGAUCUUCAGGCAACCACAGGGACAUCUACUACUAAUUGGAGUAUCUGGUGCUGGAAAAACUACUCUGUCACGAUUUGUUGCUUGGAUGAAUGGUCUUUCUAUUUUUCAAAUAAAGGUACACAAUAAAUAUAAAGCGGAAGAUUUCGAUGAAGAUCUCAGACAAGUAUUAAGAAGAAGUGGAUGCAAGGAUGAAAAGAUUGCUUUUAUUCUCGAUGAAUCAAAUAUGCUAGAUUCCAGUUUCCUAGAAAGAAUGAAUACUUUACUAGCCAAUGGAGAAGUUCCCGGUCUUUUUGAAGGUGACGAGUAUACAACUUUGAUGACUCAAUGUAAAGAAGGAGCACAAAGGGAAGGCCUAAUGCUCGAUUCUAAUGAUGAGUUAUACAAGUGGUUCACACAGCAGGUUAUGAGAAAUCUCCAUGUAGUUUUUACCAUGAACCCAUCUACUAAUGGUCUAAAAGAUAGAGCUGCAACAUCGCCAGCUCUUUUCAAUAGAUGUGUUCUCAACUGGUUCGGGGACUGGUCAGAUGGUGCUCUAUAUCAAGUUGGAAAGGAAUUCACAAAUAGACUCGAUUUAGAUAGACCUCAGUGGAGAGCACCAGAUUACUUUCCAGCUGCUUGUACAUUGAUUAGUGCUACCCCAUGUCAUAGAGAAGCUGUUAUCAAUGCUUGUGUAUACGUCCAUCAAACUUUACAUAAAGCUAAUGCUCGCCUGGCAAAGAGAGGUAGUCGCACUAUGGCUGUCACUCCAAGACAUUACCUUGACUUUAUCCAUCAUUUUGUGAAAUUAUAUAAUGAAAAGAGGUCAGAUUUAGAAGAACAACAGCUCCAUUUAAAUGUUGGUCUUAGUAAAAUUGCAGAAACUGUAGAGCAAGUAGAAGAGAUGCAGAAGAGUUUGGCAGUUAAGAAACAAGAACUUCAAGCCAAGAACGAUGCUGCCAAUGCUAAACUUAAGCAGAUGGUGAAAGAUCAACAGGAAGCUGAAAAGAAGAAAGUUCAGAGUCAAGAAAUUCAACAGCAGAUAGCCAUACAAACUAUCCAUAUCGAACAAAAGCGUCAAGAAGUCAUGGCUGACUUGGCACAAGUUGAACCAGCUGUCAUUGAUGCUCAAAAUGCUGUGAAGGCAAUCAAAAAACAACAAUUGGUUGAAAUCAGAACAAUGGCAAACCCCCCAGCAGUAGUAAAAUUAGCACUAGAAUCCAUUUGCUUGCUACUAGGAGAAAAUGCAAGCGACUGGAAAUCCAUAAGAGCAGUCAUCAUGCGUGAUAAUUUCAUCAAUACUGUUGUAAACAAUUUCAAUACAGAGGAUAUAAGUGAUGAUGUUAGAGAAAAAAUGAAGAGUAAAUAUAUGAAUAAUCCCGAUUAUAAUUUUGAGAAAGUGAACCAUGCAAGUAAUGCUUGCGGGCCCUUAGUAAAAUGGGCUAUGGCACAAAUUCUCUAUGCUGAUAUGCUCAAAAAAGUAGAGCCUCUCAGAUUAGAACUGAGUUCUUUAGAAAGACAAGCUGAAACAAACAAACAAAGAGGUGAAGAAGUAAAAAAUUUAAUUAGCCAAUUGGAACAAAGUAUAGCUGCCUACAAGGAGGAAUAUGCACAACUUAUCGCACAGGCUCAAGCUAUAAAGACUGAUUUAGGAAAUGUACAAGCAAAAGUUGACCGAUCGAUAGCUUUACUAAAAUCUCUAGUUAUUGAGAGACAGAGAUGGGAAACUUCCAGUGAAACUUUCAAAUCGCAUAUGUCAACUAUUAUUGGAGAUGUUUUGUUGUCAUCUGCUUUCAUUGCGUAUGGAGGAUAUUUUGAUCAGCAUUAUCGUCAAAAUCUUUUCAGUACUUGGUGCCAACAUUUGGCUCUUGCUAAUAUUCAGUUCAGGGCUGAUAUAGCAAGAACAGAGUAUCUUUCAAAUCCAGAUGAAAGAUUACGGUGGCAAGCCAACGCAUUGCCUACAGACGACUUAUGUACAGAAAAUGCUAUUAUGUUGAAGAGAUAUAACAGAUAUCCCCUUAUUAUUGAUCCAUCGGGUCAAGCCACAGAAUACAUAAUGAACGAGUUCAAAGAUAAAAAGAUAACUAAAACCAGUUUUUUAGACGAUUCAUUCCGAAAGAAUCUAGAAUCGGCUUUAAGAUUUGGUAAUCCACUAUUAGUGCAGGAUGUAGAAAAUUACGAUCCUAUUUUGAAUCCAGUAUUGAAUAGAGAACUAAGAAGAACAGGUGGUCGUGUUUUAAUUACUUUAGGUGACCAAGAUAUUGACUUGUCACCAUCUUUCGUUAUUUUUCUGUCAACUAGAGAUCCUACUGUCGAGUUCCCUCCAGAUAUAUGUUCAAGGGUAACUUUUGUUAAUUUCACCGUUACAAGGAGUUCACUUCAAAGCCAAUGUUUGAAUCAAGUUCUAAAAGCUGAACGUCCGGAUAUAGAUGCUAAGAGAUCAGAUCUUCUAAAAUUACAAGGAGAAUUCCAUCUAAGAUUGAGGCAGCUUGAGAAGUCAUUGCUCCAAGCCUUGAAUGAUGCUAAAGGUAAAAUUUUAGAUGAUGACAGCGUUAUUACAACAUUGGAAACUCUUAAACAAGAAGCAGCAGAAAUUGGACAGAAAGUUGAAGAAACGGAUAAAGUUAUAUCUGAAAUUGAAACUGUGUCACAGCAGUACCUACCACUAUCACAAGCUUGCAGUAACACUUAUUUUACAAUGGAUAGUCUUAAUCAAGUGCAUUUUCUGUACCAAUAUUCCCUACAUAUGUUUUUGGACAUGUUCAGCAGUGUGUUGCUGAACAAUUCUCAUCUGGAAGGUAUCUCUGACUAUCAAGCAAGACUGAAAAUCAUAACUAAGGAUUUAUUUAAUGUUUGUUAUGAAAGAGUUGCGAGGGGAAUGUUGCAUAAUGAUAGACUCACAUUCGCUAUUUUAUUAUGCCGUAUACAUCUUAAAGGAACAUCAGAAUCUAGUCUUGACCAAGAAUUUGAUUUCUUUUUACGUGGAAAAGAAGGAGUAUACAACAUUUCAUCAGAACCAGCAUUAGAUGGAUUAAAUAAUGAACAACAAGAAGCAAUGACAAGAAUUUCUUUAAGAUUGCCAGCAUUCAAAAAUUUAUCAGAAAUGAUACAAAAAAUGCCUGAAUUCAGCGCCUGGUUACAACAAAGCACUCCAGAACAGUGUGUUCCUGUUUUGUGGAUAGAGCAAAGACAAUUAAGUGCUGUUAGUUUAGCUAUGUAUCAGCUUUUGGCUAUCCAGACCUUUAGACCUGAUAGAGUUAUUGCUGCAGGACAACUAUUUGUGAGUGCUGUACUUGGAGAAGAAUUCAUGCCAAAUGCUGAAACAGAACUGGAUCUCAAUACUUGCAUCGAUAAAGAAGUAAGAGCUAGUGUACCAGUGCUCUUGUGUUCAGUACCUGGUUUUGAUGCUUCUGGUCGUGUGGAUGAUCUGGCAGCAGAGUUGAACAAACAAAUUUCUAGUAUUGCUAUAGGUUCAGCUGAAGGUUUCAACCAAGCAGAUAGAGCCAUAAAUAUGGCAUGUAAAACUGGAAGGUGGGUUAUGUUGAAGAAUGUUCACUUGGCCGCACAAUGGCUAGUACAACUAGAGAAAAAACUACACUCCCAACAACCACACAGUAACUUCAGAUUAUUCCUCACCAUGGAAAUCAAUCCAAAAUUACCAGUAAACCUACUUAGAGCUGGUAGAAUAUUAGUUUGCGAGCCACCACCUGGUAUUAGAGCCAAUUUAUUGAGGACUUUCAGCUUUGUUCCUGCUAGUAGAAUGAUGAAGCCUCCUAAUGAAAGAGCUAGGCUCUACUUCUUAUUAGCUUGGUUUCAUGCAAUCGUUCAAGAACGUUUGAGGUAUUGCCCACUAGGAUGGGCUAAGCACUAUGAAUUCAAUGAAUCGGAUUUAAGAGUUGCCUGUGAUACUUUGGACACUUGGAUAGAAGCUACAGCAAUGAGUCGCACCAAUUUACCACCUGAAAAAGUUCCCUGGGAUGCUUUGGUGACACUACUAUCACAAUCUAUUUAUGGAGGAAAAAUUGAUAAUGAUUUUGAUCAGAGAUUACUUCAAUCAUUCCUGAAAAAACUCUUCACUCCGAAAAGUUUCGAAUCAGACUUUGCUCUUGUAGCCAACAUAGAUAAUGGACCUGGUGGAAAUCGACACAUUACCAUGCCUGAUGGCACUAGAAGGGAUCAUUUCUUGAAAUGGAUUGAAAGUUUGUCUGAUCGUCAAACACCAGCUUGGUUAGGUCUACCUAAUAAUGCAGAAAAAGUUUUAUUGACUACUAGAGGCACAAAUUUGAUUAGUAAACUGUUAAAGAUGCAGCAACUUGAAGAUGAUGAGGAAUUAGCCUAUUCUGUCGAUGAUAAAGUCAGCACCGAUGUGGCACAGAUUGAUGGCAGACCAUCUUGGAUGAAGACUCUGCAUAAUUCUGGUAACACUUGGCUUAAAAUUAUGCCCAGAACUUUGCAAACUCUAAGAAGAACUGUAGAAAAUAUCAAAGAUCCCUUGUACAGAUUUUUUGAGCGAGAAGUCAACUCUGCUUCAAAGUUAUUGGAAGAUGUCAUACAUGAUUUGAAUGAUGUGAUUUUGAUUUGCCAGGGUGAAAAGAAACAAACUAACUAUCAUAGAAAGAUGUUGAGUGAAUUGGUUCGUGGUAUAAUUCCAACGAAUUGGUGUCGUUAUACUGUGCCAAAGGGAUGUACCGUAAUUCAAUGGAUCACAGAUUUCAGUCAGAGGGUGAAACAGCUGCAGCAGGUUUCUGAUUUGGUUUCUAGCUAUGGUGCUAAAGAAUUACAGAGUUUUCCUGUAUGGCUUGGAGGUUUAUUGAAUCCUGAAGCUUAUAUAACAGCCACAAGGCAGUGUGUUGCACAAGCAAAUAGUUGGUCUCUUGAAGAAUUACAUUUGGAUGUAACGAUCACAGACUCUCACGAUAAAUCUACUAUUCCCAGUGAUAGUUUUGCUGUUACAGGUAUCAAGCUUCAAGGUGCUCAAUGUCGCAACAAUCAACUAUUACUCACAUCGAGCAUAAUGGUUGAACUUCCAAUAAUGCUAUUUUGUUGGAUGAAAUCUAAUGAUGACAGAAAAAUCAGCCGUUUAUCUUUACCAAUUUAUCUCAAUUCUACUCGUACAGAAUUGUUGUAUACUGUUGAUCUUAAUAUUGCACCAGGACAGGAACCCCAUAGUUUCUAUGAAAGAGGUGUUGCUUUGCUUACAUCUACUUCACUUAAUUAAACCACUUGAAUAAGUUAUGCUCUAAAUAUUGGAAAUGAUUUUAUGAUAAUUUAUUCAAUUAUAUUAUUGAUAGGGAAUUAUUUAACAAUAAAAACAUUAUCUUAUUGUACACAUUA